UCAGAAGUUGCUUGACCAGUUUUUAUUUUCAUUUUUUGUUUUUGUUGUGGCUCUUUUGGCUAAUUGUUAAACGAGUUUUACCCAAUGAGGAGCAGCAGCAGCAGCAGCGGCAGCAGCAGUUAGCGAUUAUUAUUAUUAUGCCUUUUGUACAGCGGAUUGUGCAGCCGGUGAAUGUGGCACAGGCGACCGCUGCCAGUUUGGGGCAUGCCGCCAAGCGCUUCCAAUGUGCACCCGGCAAAUGCACCAACAACAAUUGCAUCAACAAUCAAAAUCAAUCAACAAAUCAUCAUCGAGGAGCAGAAGAUGAAGAAGCAGCAGCAGCGGCAGCAGCAGCAGCAGCUGACGAACCACAGCCGCCGGCAGCGCUGCCGAUGAAAAAGCUCAAACAGCAUGUAGAAUUUCUAUCCACUUCCCCCUCGCAUCUCUCCACACGUGUCUCGCAGUCGCUGCCCGCGUCCCGGCAGAGCAGUCAGCAGCGAGGGUCAGCAGCGGCAGCAGCAGCAACAGCGCAUCCCGCUCGCACCUACAGCGCCCCCCACUCCCCAACGGCAGCAGCAGCAGCGGGUAGCCAAUCACGUGUCGUUUCUGGCCACGAAUUCGAUUCGAUCAGCAAUAUAACAUUGAGCAAUGCCCUCCGCCAAUUGGCCAGUUUGGUGCUAAUCGCCAGCGAUAUUUUCGAUGAGCUGCAACACGAUCUGCAGCAGGUGGGUGAGCGGGCUGCAAGGGUGCAGCGCAAAAUUACAGCCGUGGAGCGACGCGUUUGUGCCUACGAUCCGAAAAUGGUCACAGUUCCUGAAAGCGACCUGCUCACCUUUGCACAACGUAAGGAGCAUUACGAGUCGGAUAAGUCAUUCCAGAAGGAGCUCUUCUCGAGCGAAUCGCGACCCCAAAGCGUCCAUCAGCUGUACAAGGCGGCGGGCAAGGUGGUUCAGUUGAUGCCCACAACGCCACCACGUUCCAUUUCCUUCAACGGCGAUGCGAUACAUAUGCACGAGGAUGUCCUGGACGGCACUGCCACAGCCACAGAUGCGGAGGAUUCGCUACUCUGCUCCGACUUGGACUUCGGCAACGCAAAUCGAAGGCUGCGCACGCGCAUCGAUGUCGAGAUUGAAAUACGAUUGCCCGCUGCUAUUGAGGAUUUGCGGAAAUGGACAUCGAGCGAGGCGCUGGGUGAUGUCACCGUCACGCCCGAUUGCAUGCAUCACGUGGAAACCUCGAUAUGCACAUCCCUCACAAUUGGUGAUAACGGCAUUCUAACGCCCGCACUCUCUCCGUCCGUUCUGUCCGCCGAUGCCGCCGAUGCACUCUACGCCGUCAACAUUAGCCAAUCAGCGGAUCAACAUCAUCAUUCUCAUUCUCAACAUCAACUCCAGUUACCGAACGAUAUCAAUAAAGAUGUGCCUUUGAAUCAUCGACUGCCUUCACCCGAGGAACAAACCAAAAUAAUUGCCUUAAAAUACCCCGCCGAAGUGAUUUCGGUGAACACUUCCGGCAAACACUUCCAGCGGAUGUGCGCUGCUCGCAAAUCGACGGCGGGCUGCUAUGCCGGCGGUGUUAAUGGAACUGGUACGCCCAGCACCAGCGGGGGCAGCCCCCAGGAUAAUCAGACGGAGGGCGCCAACAAUCUGGAUGAUAAUGUGCAGACAGUUAGUCGGCGCUCGAGAUCGCGCAAGGUGCGGGGAAAACGCCGGAAUACCAUAGCGGGCAUUGAUCAAAAGGAAAUACAGGAUGCGGCUAAUGGCAAUGCGGAGUCCAAGAAUCAAUCAGCUGCCACAUCGCCAGCACCAGUUGCACCAACUGCCGUGGACAGUAGCGGAUCGAAGAAAACGAAGAAGUUCGGACGCAGCAAAUCGAGCGAUAUAUUAAAAAAGGAAUCUGUUGCCUUGCCCUACGACAAGGGGAAGAGCACCCUGACCCGUUUGAACUCGCUGAAGCAAUGGGGUCGCAAUCGUUUCAAGUUCAUGCAACGCAAUGGGGAAGUGGAUACCAGCCAGUUGGACACCAGUGGUUGCAGUUCCCAGCACAGCAGCUCCACAGACAAACCGGAGACGAGCAAGAGCAGCAAGAUGCUAGCAUCGCCAGGAGGAGCCGGAUCAUCGGGUCCAGGAGCAAUACCCAAGCGCGAUAUUGAUGAUGAGUGUGUGGUGCAUGAUCUAAUUGCCCAGAAGAGUGAAUCACGGUUUUCGCACGAACGAAAACCCUCGUAUUCCUCCUCGGAGAAGAGCAUGAGCGUAUCCAGCAGCGGCCAGUUGCGAGGCAAACUCCAAUUAUCAUCGGUGGCAACAGCCGCGCAGGUGAAGAUGAGGGAGACGGCCACCUUGAAUAGACAGCGUAGAAUGCGCCUGGAUGUUGCCGGCAAGGAGGAGCAACCGCAUUCCUCGAGCGGCAAUUGGAGUGCUAGUUCCGAAUCUGGUCGUGCCUCAAUUGGUAGCGAGAUCACCAUGCAACCGAAGUCGAGUGCAUCGAAUACCUCGCUGAAUGUGUCCAGUUUUCAGCCGUGCAACAGCAGUGGACCACCCUCGUCCAUGUUGAGUCGCCGUCGAUUCCUAAACACCUCCGCCUCGAGUAGUGUGACCAGUGAAGGUACUGCUACGCCUGAGUUGCAAACAGAUACGGGCACCUAUCCCAAUCAUCUGGAUGAUGAGACCAGUUCCGCUUAUAGCUGCGACACAGAAGGUUACUACACCUCCUUCCAUAUGGAUAGUGGAUUGCGUACGCUGAAGGAGGAGGAGCCACCAAUGACGCCACUGCAGCAGAGCCUGCACACCAGUAGCUACUCCUUUGGCAGUCAGUCGAAUCAAACGGUGCUCAAUGCGGAAAAUGAAUAUGAGCUCUAUGGCAGGGGUUCGACAUCAACAACGACGAGCUCGGCGGGAACCGUGUGCACCACGUUGAUGAAUGCAGCUGCCUGCACCGGACCGGAUGUGCCAGAAAGGAGCAGCUCUCUGGGCAAGCACAGCCAGAGUAGAUCGUUGAGCAACAGUGCUAGCAGUAGCACCCUAGAGAGAAGCUACAGCAGUAGUACCAUAGGCAGUACCCUCGAAAGAACGGGUACUAUUAAACGGAAUGUGAAAUCAGAGAAUGCAGUGCAGCUGCAUCAACAGCAGCAGCAAGAUCACUCGACAGAGGAGCUACAACGUUCCGCACAACCUUUACCCCAUGAUUUGGAGUACUCGGAGUGCUCGGAUCUGGAGGGUGUUGAGCGCAUUGAGCGUAUUAAACAGAAAACUGCAUUGAAUGCCAAACGCAUACCCUCCAUGUGUAUCAUUACACCCACCACUAGCGAUGAUGAUGAACUGCAGUCCCAGGAUGCGGAUGCGGAAACGGAUGCGGAUCGCACUUUGACCAGUCUACAGCUGAAUGUAGACUGUGAAUCGGAUACACCAACCGAACAGCUAACGCCCACAAAUAGCAAAGACCACAACCUCAAUGAGCUGAAGCAGACACCAACAAAAGCUUUUAGCGGCAUGCUCGAAAAGCUGCGCGUUGUGUUGCCGGCAAGAAACAAAAGCUCACCGCCAAUUAAGCCAGCGACAGCGAGCGCUGUUAACGAUGACAAGCUGUACGAUAUUGCUGGUGAAUAUGUAACCAUAGCAGACAUCAGCAACAACAACAACAACAACAGCCGGAGCAAUAAACACAGCAGCAACAAAACGCAACAGCAAACAGCAGGCAGUCUCGCCAUUUACUAUUCGAACGACAUAAUUCGUCGCAAGCAACAACCACCCUCCGAAUAUGUUUCGCUAAAUGAGUUGCCGACAACAGCUGCGACAGCUGCCACUGCGUCGGCUGACUCAGCUUGCUCAACGCAGAGUGUGCCCAUGUACGCCGAGAUUGGUGAGUUGCGUGAGGAGAAAUCGUUGAAUUCGCCGUCGCCGUCGCUGCCGCGUCGUGUGCUGCGCACAACAGCCGAGGGUCGCAUCAUUUACGAUUCGGACAGCCUGAAGCGGCGAAAGGGCGCACACACCACCUUCGCACCUGGGCCGUAUGUGAAGGAAACCGAAAGUGCGCUCAGUGCAACACGAGAUGCCGACACGGGUGAAAGUGCAGCAGCCGUAGCAGCAUCAGCAACGACAAAUAAAAGCGCUAAAUUAUUACUGCUAAAUAGCGGUAUUGCAUCACAUCGAAAAGUGGCCAAUGUUCGUCCAAUCGUAGCCAAGUCACCCUUAAGCAAAAUGCCAGCCUAUCAGCCAGGCGGCGGCAGUUAUCAGGAUCAGAAGCAAUUGCUUGCCAACAAUACGAAUCCAUUUUACGAGACCAUCGCCAGCAGCAACAAUGCAGCAAUGAUGCCAUCCCCUUCGAGUAAAUCGAAUUCAUCGACGGGUUCGACGGCAACCAACUCAUCCAGUUCGACAGCCUCUGCACACUCUACGGAAGAAGGGUAUCAACGUUUCUCUAAUAUCUAUGAGCAAGUGCAGUCCGUUGCACCAUUAGAUACAUCAGCGCCGCCCCCAACAGAUGCCACGCCCUUUCAGCGCACUGCGCCCGUCUAUUGGACGCUGCAAAGCAGACGUAGUCAAUCCAAGGCGUCGUCGGCAGGAGCCAACGUCGCAUCAUGUCGCGAUGAUCUAUAUGCCACGCCCAUAAGGCGAGCGGAGCGUGUGGCAAGAGCUGCCGCAGCAACCGCCGCCGCGUCCUCCAUCUUAUCCACAUCGACAGGGAGCAGCAAUGUGUCAUCGGGCAUGUUUAUGACGUCGACACCGACGCGAGCGGAGGAGAAUGUGCCACCGAUGAAGCAACCAUCGCGCAAUUGGAGCGAUAAUUCGCCGGAGCGAUUGAACACCUGUGCGGAUCGAAUUGGCCAAAGCAAGACGACGCUGAUGGACUUUAAGAAACUGCUGCUGGCCAAGUCAGCCAAGACGAGUCCCGUUCAGCGUAAAAUGUCCGCCGUCGAACUGUUGAAGAAAUCAACAACAGCGGCUGCGGCAAGUAAAGGUGCGCAGACCAAUCAGAAGAACCAGAAGCAGGUGACUUCUGCGCCAGGUGCGCCGUCGAAGCCAACGCUUAACUCCAGCUUGAAGCUGCUCGAUUUGAGUGGUUCGCCAAAGACGUUUGCCAAUCGGAGGAUGUUGCGCCAGGGACAAUUCGGUUCGCCGUCAAAGACAUUUGCGCCCAAAAUGGCAACCGUUGUGCCACGCACGGAUAUUAUGUCGACAACGAUACCGGAGGCGAAUAGCGAUGAGGAUCACUCGGGCUCCUCGAGAGCUGCCUCCGAGGCGGGCAACAGUCCGAGUGCCAGCGUUGCCAUCUCCAGUUUCGAUUUGAAGCGUAAUUUCUUUCUGCAAACCGAGGAGAAUAAUUUCAUGCGCGGCGAGCUGAAGCCCAGCUUUGGCAGCAACCGGAGCAACAACAGCAACCGGAGCAACAACAGCAACCACAACAACAACAACAGCAAUGCUGGCCCAGCAGCAGUUGCAUCCAGCCAGGAGAGCAAUAAAUUUGUGCCCACAGCGUUGCCGGCAUUUGAGACGGCGCUUUGAGGCAGUAAUGGGAAUAUAAAGCGGGUCAAACCCGAAAUCAUAAUACAUAUGCAUACAUUAAUGAAAAAAUAAAACUAAAAAAAAACACACACACACAUACAUACAUAUAUACAUAUUCCAUAAGGAUAAUCGAGUUAAACAAUCGCAAUUGGGCGCUUCCCCUCCACCCACUCCCUCACCUCACAUAAAAAACAAAUCAAACACAAAAAAAAAAGAGGACGCUGAAAACGCAUUUAUCUUAUCGUAUCUUAGGAGAGUCAAAAGCGAUGCUACUUUAUGCAAAAUUUACAUAUAUCUUAUACAGCUCUAGAUACAUUUAUAUAUACUAUA